GCAUCUCUCAGUUCGAGAUUCCAACAUCACCGAGUGCGUAAAAGAUGCGCGGGGCUUAUUUGCAUAAAACGCGGAUUUGCUGAUGCUCACCAAAUCCCGACGAACAUAAAUCCUGAUCUGCGUUAUCUGACGUCCGGACGUUUAUCGUCUCCUUUGCAUAUCACGUGCUUGGCCCCGGCCAAUAACCUCGCGAUCUCUAUGUACUCAGGCGUGUUGGUACCGUUACUCUGCCCGAGUCCCUGUCUCUGCUCAGUCGAGGGGAUUUUGAAAAAGAGUUGGUCGUCUCGAUGUAGGGCAUGCUAUGACCGCUUCAUUGCUCCUCCAUUCGCACUGGAUUGACCCGGUGAUGUUCCUCUACGACAACGGCUUGGAUGAAAGAAGCAAAAACAUGGAAGGAUUUACUGGAGGCAAUUUCGCUGCAAACCAGUGCAGGAAUUUGUUAGCGCAUCCAACCUCGCUGGCUCCCAGCACCACCUACACCGCGAGUGAGGUGCCAGUCUCUGGCAUGGGGGAUCCUGGCAAACAAUGCAGCCCCUGUUCCGCCACCCAGAGCUCGCCCAACGCAUCUUUGCCCUAUGGAUAUUUUGGCAGCAGUUAUUACCCAUGUAGGAUGUCACACGGCGGCGUCAAGGCGUGCGCGCAGCCCUCUGGUUAUGGUGAUAAAUACAUGGAUUCAUCGGUCCCUGGCGAGGAGUUCUCGACCAGGGCGAAGGAGUUUGCUUUUUAUCAGGGCUAUUCGUCGGGUCCUUACCAACCCAGCUACUUGGACGUGCCAGUCGUACCUGCUCUGAGCACUGCGUCUGAGCCAAGGCACGAGCCUCUGCUGCCCAUGGAGCCCUACCAGCCUUGGGCCAUCACAAAUGGCUGGAGUGGUCAAGUUUACUGCACUAAGGAGCAACCACAGUCAAAUCCUCUGUGGAAAUCCUCAUUACAAGACACCAUUUCUGGUGGAGACAGUUCUGGUCGCCGGGGGCGGAAGAAGCGCGUGCCAUACACCAAGGUGCAGCUGAAGGAACUGGAAAGGGAGUACGCCACCAACAAAUUCAUCACCAAGGACAAAAGGAGACGGAUAUCGGCGCAGACGAACCUGACAGAGAGACAAGUGACAAUCUGGUUCCAGAACCGGCGCGUAAAAGAGAAGAAAAUCGUCAACAAAUUCAAGACGUCCAGUUAGCUGCGGAAGGUGAAGCGGGAGGUGGACGUGGAUGCGCCUCCAUCCUUAAAACUCUUAUAAUUUAUUACAUAAUGAACGGCCUCCCUGUCGCCAGAGCGGCUCUGUUUUGACUUACACAUUUCCUUCCUUAAAUUUUAAUUGGAACCAGUCGACGCAGCCCGUUGACGGAGGAUCGGAAAUGGUUUGCUGCUUGUUGACCAUUCCGCGAGGAGCGUGUGAUCUUAAAGUAUACACUUAACGUUAGGGCAUCUUAUUAUGGGCCUAAGGCAAAUUCAACAGCGCUGGGAUUUUGUUCUACUUAAUCCAGUACAGAAAUUAAAGGUUCCUGGAGCCAGUUAAGGCCUUGAAUUAAAAAAUAAAAAACUGUCAUCACAGCCCCAAAACCGCACUAUAUAAAAGAAUAUAAUGGCCAGAUUUCAUCUAUGAUUAGAAUAGACUCGGCUGAAAUUUAUUUUAAAAUUAUAUCUUAAAGUGUUCCCAUUCUCUAUUCCUGCGAAUUAACCCAGAGUUUGUGUAAUUUCACCAUUAAGACAAACAGCUUCAUUAUUUCGAAGGUUUAAAUAGCUGCAACAUUAAAACAUGACUUGAAAAAAAUUAAGUUCCUUAAUUUAAAUAAUGAAACUGAGUCCUUAUUUGUCCACAAACUAGUGAGUCUUUGACGAAACAUUACGACACGUGAGACAUGUCAAUAUUUUGCCCCACACUUUGUGCGCGUCACUGUCCUUUUGCUUUUUUCUAAAAACAGGGUUUUAGCGCAGAGGAUAACUCAUCUGUGAACGGGUUGAUGAUUCAUGCAAUUUCUACCUUUCAGUGGAAAAACGAAGGACUAAAAACACGGUAUAUUUAAAUGUGUAAAUACGAUGUGACUGCAAAUAUCUAUUCUCCUUUUUACUGCAAUAGCCAAAGUUUUGAAAAUAAAUGUUUGAGAGACG